AUGCGUGUAAUUGACCUUGCUCAUGAAGGACACCAGGGCAUAGUACGUACAAAACAGUUAUUACGUGAAAAGGUAUACUUCCCUGGAAUAGACAAACUAGUAGAACAAACAUGUAAAUCAUGUAUACCAUGUUUAGCGUCAACCCCGAAAAAUGUUUUCGAACCGUUACAAAUGUCUGAGAUACCGAAUAAUGUAUGGGAGAAUCUCAGCAUGGACUUUUGUGGACCAUUUCCGAAUGGAUAUUACGUUAUGGUAAUAAUUGAUGAAUACUCAAGGUAUCCUGUAAUAGAAACCUUAACCAGUUUAACCGCAAAAUCUGUCAUACCUCUAUUAGACAAAACUUUCUCAAUUUUUGGAAUACCGAAAGAACUGAAAACAGACAACGGACCGCCGUUUAAUUCAGGAGAGUUCCGAAAUUUUGCAGAUAACAUGGGUUUUAAGCACCGCAAAAUAACUCCGUUAUGGCCUCGCGCUAACGCGGAAAGUGAAAGAUUCAUGAGAACUAUAGGGAAAGCAAUUCGUGCAGCUCAAACGGAACAUCGCAGUUGGAAGCAAGAAAUACACACAUUUCUUCGCAAUUAUAGAGCAACACCACACUCAACAACUAACGUGUCCCCGGCAGAACUUUUAUUUGGAAGGAAGAUCAAUACAAAAAUGCCGAACAUUUCAAUAAAUAACCAAGCCGACAGUAAAGUUCGAAAAGAAGACCACAAGAACAAAAUUAAAAUGAAAACAUACUUCGAGAAAAAACAUUCAGUAAAAGUACCCGAUUUUACAGUAGGAGAUACCGUACUAGUUAAACAGGAAAAGAAAGAUAUACUAUCUACCCCGUACAAUCCUCAACCUUAA